AUGCCUACCAAAAAUACCUGAGGCAGGUUGAUAUAAAAGUCACCCAAAACAUUCUGUCAUCUCAAAAGUCUCAAUAAACUUUGCGAUUAAUACACAGGUCUAAAAUGUUCUAUCAACUUCCUUAAAUUAUUCCCUUAAACCCUAAAAAUGCUGACUCACAGAGUAGUGUUUAGAUACACUUCGGUGUUCUACAGUGUUAUUCUGUCGCUUAGUUUCCAUUAUAAUAAGUCAGUUGCAAAAUUCUCUCCAUGGAUGUCGGAUAAUAUUGAAGAUGAAAGGAAUACACCUCAAAAAAUCUUGGUUCAGAGACAACAAAAUCUUGAUAUUGGCAACUGUAAGAGUCAGUCAGCUGAUUAUUGUGAAUCUCGUAUACAUAAUAGUGUCUGCCAUUGGAUGAAAGAUGAAUGCUUUUGUCGUAUGGGUUAUGUGGCGAUAAGAGAAAAUGAUGAGAUUGUCUGUCGUACACUACUAACUGAUCUCUCGUGUCGUGUGGAUUCAGACUGUGUACAUGUAGAUUACAGUGUUUGUCAUCCUGGAGCUGGAAAAUGUAUAUGCCCUGGAAAUACCAUUUAUGUUGCAUAUCUACAUGCAUGUAGAAAGAAGUUAUUCCAUCAAAAUUAUGAUGCUUGCAAUAUCUGUGGCUCAAAUUAUGUAUGUCAUGAGGUAUUUGAAAAGGAUUUACAGCGCAUGGAUGACGUGAACGCCAUCACAAUUAAAUUAGGUAGCAUUGCAGACAAUACAAACAGUCCUGCGUACAUAGGGUGUUCGUGUACAUUAGAGCAUCUGAAACAAUUAGCUAAUAUAUCAUUUGAUUCUAAGUUGACAAGAGUGGAUCGUUUAUGCUUUAUUAAUUUGCCUGAUAUUGGUGAAGUCUGCGAUCAUUCAGGUCUGGUAUGCAGAUCACGCAAUGCUCAAUGUAGUAGAAGCAAUUCAUCUCAUAAAAGAAUUUGUACAUGUCCAGCCAACACAAUUCCAGUAUAUCAGAACUUUUUAAACUACUUCGAGUGUUUCCCUAUAAUGAAAAAUCAAAAACAGGUGAAUCAGAGUGCUACAAAUCUUGUAGCUGAUGAAUGUGGACCAUGCCAAAAUGUUAACGGAACAUGUUAUGAUCAGAAUAAUGAUGGCAUAGCUGAUGGAUGCCAGUGUCCACCAAACAGAUCAUUCGGACAAAUCGGUGACCGAAAAGAAAAUGCACGCAAUAAAGAUAAAUCAAUGAAUUUAUUCAAAUAUAAUGACAAGCUAUACUUCCCAUGCGAGGUAGAACACAUUAAAACAGAUUGCAAUGAAGGCCAACUUACAAUUUGUUAUUUUAUGCAUACUUUGGGGAGAUUCAAAGCACUGCCUUACCAAAUUCGAUUAAAUAUGACUUACGUCUCACUAUUACAACUAACUUAUGCAGAAACAAUAAGAAAUACAGAGUCUUGCCUACUGACGUCAUCAACAAGGGACAGACUGAAUACACUGAAUGAUCAUAAAAGUUUUUCGUUUAAAAGCAAUUGGCUUUGUACCACUAUGCCCAAUGAUCAAUCGUUCAGGAGGAGAUGUGGCGUUGACAUGCACAACGAAUCAGCAUGUAGUAAUCUUAAUGAUAUACAAAAUAUCCAUUAUUCUGGUAAUGUGUAUAUCCGUCAAGUGAAUAAAAACUAUGAGAAUGAUAAAACAUUACUUGAAAUACCAUGGAGAUGUACAACAAAAACAAUGUGCAAAUCACAAAAAAAACUAACCAAAGAAGUAGCAUCACAAUCAAAUGAAUACAAUUUGGAACAGUUAUCGGUCGUGAACAGCAAUAAUGAAUUGGUUACAGAAAUCAAUGAAGGCGAACUGGUGCAUUUACAGCUUGUGUCUAAUUAUAAAAAAGUUGUCAUAAGCACAGAGAUGUGUGUUUCUGCAAGCUUGAAGUAUCCUGAAAACCUUAUUCGGAAGGUGUCAACCUCUUCAUUUCUACACAGCGCGUUUUAUCACUUCAAUGGUCUUAUUACUGACAACGAGAACAGAACUAGUUCGCAUAACCAGAGAAAUGAAGAGUUCUUUGUUCAUCAGAUUAUUGCACAACAAAAUGUUGUGUAUUACAUUUGUCUAAUCCCUUCAUUAAACGAUUCAGUGAAUGGUUAUUUUGAAAACACGCUACGGAAUUGGUGUCAAUCGUCCAGUGAGCAAAGAUUAUUGAGCACUAAUGAUCUGUUUAUAACUCAACUUACCAUUAAAAAUCCGAUUUCAUCUCAUCAGGCUAAGUGCACUCUACUAUCAUGUCUAACUAUGAAUCAACUAACUUAUAUUUGCUGUUCACUGCUUUUAAUGAACUUUAUUGUAUGCGUUAUAUUAAUCUUGAUGUUCAAGCACAAACGACAGUUAACUAACCGGCAGCAAUAUAAAUCUAAUCAGAAAAAAAAUCUGCCUUCACAAAAGUUAUUAAAUGAUUCCUCGACUUGCCCAAUGUGCACCGCCUCAACACCACAAGAAAUUAGUCCGACGCAACAACAAUCAAUCUAUUACAAUGAACUCGGAACUUAUUUCAAAUAUGAAGAUCAGGACGACUUUGAUCACACAGUUAAUAUUACGUAUCCUGCGUGCACAACUUCUGAUUUAUCACAUUAUCAAAGUAAAAGGUGUAUAUGCAGAACAGCAAUGGAGAGUUCAACAAAACAUCCAUCAAAUAGAGAGAAUCUUGUAUUUCUUACUUUACCGCAUGAACACUCAGUGAAAAUUAUGCAGAAAUGCAGACAAAAUCAAAUAUCGGAGAUGAAUGUAGACAAAUUUGAAUUCGAUAAUUUCGAUAUCUAAAAUAAACUACUUAGAAAGAAGCAUAUUAUGAGGCUACAAACACAACUGAACUCGUUUAUACACCACAGACUGAGUAGUGGCUUAAGCAAUAUAUAACCAAGUCGUAUUAAUUGCAGAAAUUUAGGAAUAACAAUAAGAUCUUACUUAUCAAUUCUCAAAUGACAAAAUUAUUGCUUUCUUCUUUGAUUAUUGUAAAGAAAUUUGUCAUUUAGAAGGUGAAAAGUCAUCAUAACUAAAAAUUUGGUGAAAGCGAAAUACUUAGACUACACAGUUCUGUAAUUCGAAAUUUUAAAUCGGGCAACUUUACGUAUUGACUUUCAGACAGUUGAUCGGACUUUCUGCAGACAUGUUCGUAUGAUAUUUUGAAAGCCCAUAGGCUAAAUCUAAUAGUGUUUUAGACAAAUAUCAAGCGUUAUUAUGUGGAUCGAUGGCAUAUUCCGCUACAUAUUCAACUUUUAACCAGUAAGUUAAUGUCUAAAUCAAAGAUUUCAACACUAAGCGUGGUCAGUUAGUAAUAUUCGCCGUGAAGGAAUAUCACGAUUUCCAAAAAUAUUUAAUGGGGAACAAUGUCAGAAAACCAAUUUACCAAGUUAACUGGGUUUUCUUUGUAAGUACCGCAAACUUUAAAUUAUUUGUAUGUUUCAGGUUAGUAGCUAAUAUAUGAGUCCACUUAUUUGGAUGGUCAAAUCAAACACAGCUGAAUUAAUUUACAGAAGAAUAUUCAAUUUCAGAAAACUCUGUCUUACUACCAGUAAAAUGGAACUAUCAGUUGCUGCUGAGAUCAUAGUUGUAGUGAAAAAGUUACGCAUAUCAUGUACAUAUCUAGGGAUAACAUCUAGGAGCCAUUCAUACAACUCCACACAGUUAUGAAACCAACUCGUAUAUUUCAAACUGAGAAACCACUUUUCACCUCUUCCAUAAGACAUUUUUGACAAUAUCUUAAUUUAAUUUCAAUGACUCUAAAUUUUACGGUUAGAAACCUCAUUUAUUUUCCGUGCAGUGAAUCACCAACACUUUCAGACUUUGCAUUAGAACGACAGCAAAUGACUCGACUGUGAAGAUAUGCGAUGAGCUGAGGACACAAGAUAAG